AUGACGACGGCCGGCGGCGGAUCGGCGGUGGGCUCCAGCAGCGCCCUCGACCUGGAUGAGAUGAUUAAUUACGUCAUACAAUGCAAGCCGCUCAGCGAGCAGCAGGUGGCGCGGCUGUGCGAGAAGGUGAAGGAGGUGCUGGAGAAGGAGAACAACGUGCACGCGGUGAGGGCGCCAGUCACGGUGUGCGGCGACGUGCAUGGCCAGUUUCACGACUUGCUGGAGCUUUUCAAGAUUGGCGGGUUGCCGCCGGACACGAACUACCUGUUCAUGGGCGACUACGUGGACCGCGGCUACUACAGCGUCGAGACGGUGACACUGCUGCUUCUCUACAAGCUGCGAUACCCCCAGCGACUACAUCUUCUCCGCGGCAACCACGAGUCGCGCCAGAUCACGCAGGUAUAUGGCUUCUACGAUGAAUGCAUCCGCAAGUAUGGUAGCGCCAACGUCUGGACGAUCUUCACGGACCUGUUCGACUACCUGCCCCUGACAGCGUUGGUCGAGAACGACAUCUUCUGCCUUCACGGUGGUCUCUCGCCGACGGUCGACACGUUCAGCCACAUCCGCAACCUCGACCGCGUGCAAGAAGUGCCGCACGAGGGGCCGAUGUGCGAUCUGCUAUGGUCGGACCCGGAUGAUCGUGAUGGCUGGGGCAUCAGCCCCCGUGGCGCCGGCUUCACCUUUGGCCAAGGAGUCACCGAAGGCUUCUGCCACAACAACAAGAUCAAGACGAUCGCCCGUGCGCAUCAGCUUGUCAUGGACGGCUACAGCUGGACGCACCAGGAUCAGCUUGUCACGAUCUUCAGCGCGCCAAACUACUGCUACCGCUGCGGCAACCUCGCCGGUCUUCUGGAGCUCGAUGAGCAUAUGAACAAGUGCUUCUUUCAGUUUGACCCGGCGCCGCGACGCGGUGAAGCGCAGGUGUCGAAGAAGACGCCGGACUAUUUCCUAUAG